CAACAAAUUCCACGUCAUAGUCGGCUCGUACACGAAGUAGACGAACAUCAAAACGGACAUCGUGGCCAAACAUCGUGACACUAACGAUUGGGCGCCUCAACAUAAUAUUGUGGCGCUCUGGGCGUGUGGAAGCGAGAGCGCUUAACUGUAACCGGCAAGACGAAGGCACAGUGCAGUGUGUGCGGAAGCGAGCAGGCAAUAAACAACAACGUGAACAAGUGGUAGUGAACCAGCAGUGGCAACAGCAACAAAAACCAACAACAACACGACCAUAUACUAUUGCCCGUUGGAGCCGAGAGUCGUUUGCGUGGCAGUUUUUUGUUGUUGUUGUUGUUGCUGUUGUUAGUGUCAGUGUUAGUGUUGUAGCUGUUGUCGCUACCGCUGGCAGUGUUUUGUUGUACUGCUACGGCUCUGGUGUAUGUCUGCGCGCUGUUGUUGUUGCUCGGCUCUGUUUUGCCAGUAGGCCGCCUUGGCAUUCACAUAGUGAUUGCGGUGAAACGUAGCAACACAUUCAUUCAGUCAGUCAGUUAGUCAGUCAGUCACUCACUCACAGGUGAGGCAGCAGCGAAACUAAAAGCCAGAGAUAGGCAGGCAGUAGAGGCGGCUGGUCCAGAGGCACACUGGAUACAAAAAAAAAAAAAAAUACAAAAAAAAUCGAAUACAAAAAAUACCGUUUGAAAAGAAUAACAAAUAUAAUAACAAGUGGAAGCAAAACUAAUAUACACAACUGAAAUACGUCUACGUCAGCAAACUGUAACACAAAUUCCAAUCCUGUAAGCAACAACAACACUGAACUCGCUUGUCUAGUGAAAAGUAAAAAAGCAACACGCCUGAGACGAAGUAACAACAUUAAUUAUGGCCAUCAAACCAGGAUUGGGACGCAAGACGAGCAACAAGAAUCCACCGAUACUCAGCCAUGAGUUCGUCAUACAAAACCACGCGGACAUCAUCUCCUGUGUGGCAAUGGUGUUUGUGGUUGGGCUAAUGAACGAGUCGACGGCAUCGUUUGCCAGUGCUUUCAUCUCGCUGCAUCACAACGUGAGCGGCGAGGAGGCAAGCAGGGAGCAGCCGUAUGGCAAGCCGUAUACAUAUGUGGCCGGCAUCAAAGACUAUUGUGCUAUAUUCUUCUACACGCUCACUUGCAUCAUCAUGCACGCCAUCAUCCAGGAGUUUGUGCUGGACAAGAUUAGCAAGAAGCUGCAUCUGUCCAAAUUCAAGCUGGCUCGCUUCAACGAAUCCGGCCAACUGGUCGCAUUCUAUCUGCUCUCAUUCAUUUGGGGCACGCACGUGGCGCUGCGCGAAGGCUACCUCGGUCAGGUGGCUCUGCUCUGGGAGGGCUAUCCAGCGCAUCCGAUGAGCUUUCUGCACAAGUUCUACUUCAUCAUCCAGCUGUCGUACUAUCUGCAUAUGCUGCCCGAGCUCUACUUCCAGAAGGUGCGCUCCAAGGAGGAGCAACAGCCCAAGAUCAUACAUUCCAUUAGCGGCUUCACGCUCAUCGUGCUGGCCUACACGCUCAGCUUCCAGCGCUUGGCUCUCGUUCUGCUCACCCUUCACUACUUCAGCGAGCUGCUCGCCCACAUCUUCCAGCUGAUCGGUGUCUUUGAUCGCGACGAGCGUCUGGCCCGUGUGGGCAUCGUGAACAACGUGUGCUUCGUCCUGGUGCGUUUUGCCACCUCCGUGAUUGGUGUGCUCACACUCUACUAUGGCAUUUGCGUGUCCGGCGGCAGCUAUAAUCUGCGUGCGGUCAUUGCGCUGAUCGGCCUGAUCGCCGUGCAGGGCUAUCUGGUGUUCUCCUUCAUCACCGAACAGCUGCGCGCCAAGCGGGAGGCGAAGCGUGAGGCCAAGCUGCUGGCGGCACAGACCAAGAAGGCGAAGGCGCCCAACAAGGACAAAUCGAAGCGCAAGAAGGAGAGCGAUCUGCCCGAGGCGGAUCAGGUGUCCUCCAGUCCGGCCAAGCAGAAGCUCAAAUGAAGCAGCUCAGCUGCAACUGCAGCAAGAGCCACAGCCACAAUCAAAUGCAACAAAAUCUUCCGUGCACUUCCAGACGCUCAAGCAACAAACAAACACACAAACAAGCGAAAUUACAAGCAAACAACAAAUACAACAACAACUACAGCUGCAACUACAACUGCAACACGAACAGAACGGAACAGACUCUAUUAGUGAACUCAAUCACUUGAUACACUAAGCAACACAACACAUGAAACAUUUAUCUACUGUCGCAUUUACAAAUUUUUUCUCAGAGCGCAAAAUUUUUUGUAAGCCCAAACGUUUUGUUUCAUUAUAUAAGUUUUUUUUUUUUUUUAUUACUAUAAUUACAAAAUAAUUUUAAAUUCAAAUAAACAAAUUUUUUUAUUUUUAUACAAGAAUGCUAAAAAAAAAAAAAAAAAAAAAAACAAAUUUAAAUCAAAAUUUUAUGAAUCAAAACUGUGUUUUUUCGUCUCUCUAAAUUUAUGUAUAUGUAUAUAUAUAUAUGUGUGUGUGUGUUGUAU